AAUUUGGGGAGUCCUCCAACGUCGUCGUUUGGCCAGAGCGCGCAAACGACUUCCCGAACAGUAAAACCCCAAAUGUCCAGUCCAAGUAGUAUAAGAGAGACAAGAAGACAGAACCCAGCAGAAAUACAAAACUCCUCAAACCAAAAAUGGGACACUCCAAGAGGAGUGAUGAUGAUGAUGUCACUACUGACUCCUCUGCCACAGAGUCUGACACUUCUGCCACCAAGACCGAUUCCGGCAUCGAACAUGAAAACGACGACGACGUCUCAUCUCCUUCCUCUGAUUCAUGCCCCUUUGUCGAAGGAGAGAAGGUCCUCGCUUAUCACAACACUCACAUUUACGACGCCAAGGUGAUCAAAACUCAAUUUAAGAACGAAUGGAGGUUUUUUAUUCAUUACCUUGGCUGGAACAAAAAUUGGGAUGAGUGGGUACGCCUCGACCGUUUAUUGAAAUAUACUGAAGAGAAUGUGGAGAAACAGAAGCUCGCCAGAAUGAAAGACGGAACAGACAAGAAUCCAAAGCUAUCACGCACAUCACUGACUAAACUAAAAAGUUAUAAUGGGGCAAGAGGCAAGAAGAGAAAGAAUGACUCUGUCGUUAAGGGUGCGAUACGCUUGGAAGAACUUGUGAUUCGAAUGCCACAUGCUUUAAGGAAACAACUAGUUGAUGAUUGCGAAUCAGUUACUCAUCUGGGCAAGCUUGUUAAACUUCCCCGGACUCCAAAUGUUGAUGACAUACUGAAGAAGUAUCUAGAAUACAGAUCAAACAGCGAUGAUUUGAAAGCUCAUUCAGUUGAAGAAAUUCUGAAAGGACUAUGUUGCUACUUUGACAAAGCAUUGCCAGUUAUGCUUCUUUACAAAAAUGAGCGUCCGCAGUAUGAGAAAGCAAUUGCAGAUAAUGUCUCUCCUUCGUCUGUAUACGGUGCUGAGCACCUAUUACGCCUCUUUGUUAAACUGCCCGAGUUAUUGGUUGAGGCUAACAUUGAAGAGGAGACUUUGAAAGAGCUGCUGCAAAGAUUGGCCGACUUUCUCAAGUUCCUACAUAAGAACCAGAGUGCAUUCUUCCUCUCUUCCUACCAUGUACCAGAAGAUACUGAAAUCAGCACCAACAAACAAGAUGACUAAGCAGGGACAUAUUUGCAACAAUUCGUACAUAAUACUGUAGAACUACAGCUGUUGUGUGAUAUCUUGGCACCGAUUUGAACUUUUUCCGAGCUCCAAAAGCAGGUGACCGUUAAUGUGCUUGUAUUCGCCGUAUAAUGUAUUGCAAUUGACUGCGCAGGUAACAUGUUUUUUCAACAUAUACCGUGUGCCUUGUAAAACUUCUCUAGUAAAAUAUGACCGACGGUGGAGGUUGCACCUUUUGUUCUA